AUGUUUUGGGUGUUAAGAGUGAGAGUGAAACAUCUGGAUGAGAACAAGGUGAGGAGCCUGUGGCUUCCUUGGAGAAGGUUCAGAGGCUGUUUGGAGGGAACAGGUAGGCAGGCUCCCUCACCGGGAGGGGUGAAGUCAUUCACCACCUUCCCCCUUCCCUCCCCCUGCGUCCUCAUGUCAGCCCUCUUGAGGUUUCCUGAUUUUAACUACCAUCAUCAAGUAGGUGGGACCACUGGCUCACCCACCACCAUCACCAAGGGCCUGGGGCUUCUUCCACAUGGAAGACUGGAAAUGGCCCCUGCACUGCAGGUGCCUCGAAGGCCCACCAGCCAUGAGGAAGUGCAGGCAGGGGUCAUGAAUUUUGGUUUCAGGUGCCACAGUUUCAAGUUGCCUGAAGUUGUCAAAAGUCAAAGGCAAGCAGACAGCACGUGGUCCUCAGUCCUGCGUCUGGUUUGGGCACGGGCUUGGUGUGUGCCGAGGUCUAUAGGAAAGGCCCUGUCCCCCUGA